GCCUGAGUGUUAUUUUUGCCUUCCUGCUGGCCUUUGGGACUUUCCUGUGGGCAGCAGCUUUGAGCCGCGCUUCCAUCCACGGCUUGUCCUUCCUCGUUGGAGUGGCGGUCAUGUUGGCCCCGGCGACGAUGCUGAGAAGCGUUGUCCAAGACGAAGUUGCCACGAUCACCAGCCUGGGGCGCUCAGAGGCCGCACUGAUCAUCAGUGUCUUCAGCUUGUUCUUGGAGGGUGUUCGAUCUUCAGCCUUGUGGACAGCGAAAAUUCGCAUCCUGAACUCCAGAUGGCGUCUUCUAAGCUACGGCACCAUCCUUCAAAGCUGCAGCCACUUCUGUGCCUUCCUGUCGCCUUUUGUGUGUGAGUUUCUUGCAAGGCAGCAGAAAUCUCGGCAUAGCGCGGUUUGGCAGUUGGAUCCAUGCAACCAUGCGCAACCGAUGCCUGCCGUGCUAAGUAAGGCAUGGCGUGACGUUCAUCACGCGCAAUCAGAAGGAGCUGGCAGAUGCGAUGAUCCUGUCAGGUGUCCCUCUGGGCUUGGUGCAGUUCUUUCUGCAGGUCGUCAUCGCCCCAUUCAUCAAGAAGGACAUGGGCAUUUCUGUAGGAGCAGAACGGAGCUCGAGGAGCGUGCUGCGAAAAUUUCGGAAGGGCACCUCAGUGUUUGCAUUUACUACCUUCGCAGGUGCAGGCCUGGCUCUUGGUGUGCUCUUGGGCACCUUGCUCAAGAUACAGAGGCUGUUUUCGGCCAGCAUUACGGCCUCAAUCGCUUCCGCCAGAACACCACAGGCAUGUACAAUUGCUUGAGCCGGACGAGAGCUGUUGGAGGAGACACGUUCAGGUUCUGGGAGUUCGGGAGAUGCGAGGUUGCACUUCCCACUCCAAGCAAAACUGCGUUGUUCAAUGA